AACCAACACUACAUACAUAACCAUGGUGAAAAAGAAACUAGCUAGACAUGCAAUUUUUUUGCACUCGUCAGUCUGAUCCCUACCUUAUGCAUUGAGCAUAACACACAUGGGAGAUUUUUAUUUAGUGUGUGUGUGUGUGUGUGGAUAGAUUCGUGAAGAAAACAAGGAAUUUCUUUUGGAGGAAAAGCAAGAAGUUCCCGUUUCAUCUGGUAGAUUGGUCAAGAACUUCAAGCCCGCUAAUUAUAGCCCAUGCCAGCUAGUAGUUUUGAUGGGCUGUCUAAAAGAAAAUCCCACUUUUUGGAUCAAGCCAGUCUCAGAGCCUUAAGCCUUUUUGUUCUGGCUCUGUAGUCAGUCUCUAAUCACCAGAAAGCAAUGCAGCAGCAGCAGGCCACCCUGCCACAUAGCCACCUGCAUGUACUCGGAGGAAGCCACAUCAUAAGCUCUUAGCUCAAGCCACAAACGUGUCAGAGCCUUAGAUACCUAAAACAGUAGUAUAACUCUGGCCCCAUUCAACAAUAUUUAUCUACCUCCUUCAUGCAUCUUAAUUUGAAGUACCAAGCCCUGCUGCUUCAAACUUUGAUUCUAUGGAUAGGCUUAGGAGAUGUACUAUCUCGAUUCUUUUUUUGCUCUUCAUGAUGUCUGACAUUGCUCAUGCUCAACAGAGCCCGGUAGAGAAUGCACAGAGACCAAAUAUUUUUUCUAAGAUAUUUGGGAGCUUGUUUACAUUCUCAGCAAAUUCUCCAGCAGCUACUAGUGCUAGUACUAGUACAAGUUUCUGGGAAAACGUCAAAACCAUGUUCAAUCAAGCUCAAGCCUCUAUCUUUCCUCCAAAUCUUGAUUUUAGAUGGAGUGAUGAGGCUGUGGGUCAUGGAGGUGGUACUGGUGGAACUGGAGAGAAAAUGAAAGAAGGUGCUGCAAAGAGUGUGGAGAAGGGCAAAGCAACAGUGGAUAAUUCAGCAAGAACAGCUGCAAGAGUAGCAAGUGAAACUGGACAAAAGAUAAAGGAGAAGGUCAAGAGAACCCUGUCUGAUCACAAGACAGGGACAGAGACUCAUGAUGAGCUUUGAUCAAUCUACCUGGGCUCGUCACAACUACUUUUCCUGCUUGUAUAUAUACAAAUCCUCUUUCAUUGCAUUUACAUACGAUGCAUCUACGUUUCAUUUUUAGAUAUUGCGUUGUGCUAUGGAUUCUAGUUUGUGAUCCAAUAUUGAUUGAUGAAUUUCAUUUCUUUCCAGUUAGGAGAAUUAGUGUUUUGUAUAAUUUUUCAUAAUCAAAAUACAUGAAUCCCAGGC